AUGGAGGCUAUGAUUCUGAAGCCAUUCACCAAAUAUUUUGAGCCAAGGCCAAGCGUAAGGGCCUAUGGAAGCGAUGAUGUUGGUCUUAAAGGAAAUAAGAAACCAUUCACUAGUGGUACUUUUGAGCUAAGGCCAAGCAUAACAGCUUAUGUCAGUAGUGAUUUUGAACCGAGGCCAAGCGUAACAGUCUAUGGCGACGAUGAUGUUGGUCUUAAAGGAGAGAAGACAUCAUUCACCAGUGAUUUUGAACCAAGGCCGAGUGUAAAGGCUUAUGUGGGUAGUGAUUUUGAAUCGAGGCCAAGCGUAAUGUUUUAUGCUGGCGACGAUGCUGGUCUUAAACGAGAGAAGAAGUCAUUCACCAAUGAUUUUGAAUCGAGGCCGAGCCUAACGGUCUAUGGAGGCGAUGAUGCUGAUCUUAAAGCAGUGAAGAAAUAA